AUGAUGCGCUUUGUCAAAGACUACAACAAGAUUGAGCAAGAGCGAAAUAUGGAGUUCUCUCUCCUCGUCCUUCUCACUGUCGAGUUUGUGUUGUGCGUGUUCGGAUACUUCAUGGAUUCAUCACUCAACAAUACAGUUGUCGAGACAUUCUACACUAUCUGGAUUUUCAAUCUCUUGGUCGCCUCCUUGCUCAACAUCACCACCAAACCGGUUAUCUUCUCCAUCUAUCGCGCGGGCUUCAGAAUGAUUUAUCUCGCUGCUGUUGUCUAUAUUUUCUGCUCGUAUGGCUACAUGACUGUCUCCGCGUACGUCCUGGUCUUCUGCAUUGCUGAUUUCGUCUAUCUUGUCAAUGGAGUGCCGAAUGAACAGAUGACAUAUCCGGGCAAAUGGCUUGCGUUGGUCAACCGAAAGUGGCGAAUUUCUGAAAAGGAGGCUGAUAUUGAACAUGCUCGCUUCGAUUCUCCCAUCAGCGACGUCGAAGAAUUGAAGAAUCUCGGUGACAUGGAAUGGGACACGUCUUGCGACUACUUCACUGCUGAUGAUGACGACUUCAUCUUCCCACACCCUCCCAUGAAAUCAUCUGAAUCUGUCAUUGUCUGA